GAAACUGGACAGACGCGAAAAGGAAGAAAAAUGAAGGCACUGCUUGUGGCAAGCCUUUUCAGGAUAUGUACAGUGUGGUAUAGGGCGUGUUAUCUGUACUUCUUCGCUAUUUUUUUUUUCCACGCCUACCCUUUGCUUUCAAAAAUCGAGGAAAUUCGGGAAGCUUUAAGUCCCGGGUCGUGUGCGAAUAUCUUUCGGAUCUCCAUGGCUCUGUUAAGUGGGGAGAACUUCAGUUACUUAGUUCAUGUGCUUUUUUGUCCACAUUCCACUCUUUGUUUCUUUCAAGGACUUCUCUCAUAUUUCCCCUACUUAUACUUAAGCGAACUAGCAUAGUUGUUCCGUGAAGGACAACCCAAACGUCGGAGCGAAGGGGUCAGGCAGAUGGAGGAACGGACGGCAAUCUGGACGCAGGAUUGGAACGAAGCAACGGCUAAAUGGGGGCUUUUCCGAUGAAGAAGAACCAUCCAUAGCCACCGUUAGUAUACGUUAGCAUAUCAGGGCAUGUUGACAUAUAUAGAUCAAGCCUUCCAGGUUUGUUAGUGAGACUCACAGCGUCUUCGAACAAGGGAGAGAACAGGGACCUUGAACCAUCAUAUUAGCCCAAACCUCGCUACAACCAGGGUCAGAACAACAAUUGAUCG